AUGUGUCUGUUCAUGUGAUGAUAGGCUGUCCUCAUGAGUUGUUUGGCCUGAUUUCGACGCACUAAAUUCCAUGUUUAUUAACAUCUUCAGAGGAUUCACAAUAGUCGGACAGCUGGUUUAACGUCAUGAAUUUUUUCUACAUAGCUCGGUUGUGGGGCACUCAUUUUGAAAGAUUGCUGUUCUCGUAAGGACAAGGACUGUUAGACGCAUUGCAGUGACGUCGGUUCCUUGAGUCUGAGAGGGUGAAUGCAUCCACGAUGGGAAACUACACCCGUAAGCAGUUGUUAAUUCUCAUCGUAUUCUGCAUUGCACAGUUCUUCAUGGCCGUGUGCAUUUCUAUACAAGCACCAUUCUACCCACAUGAAGCUGAGAAGAAAGGUGUCACAGCCACGCAGUACAGUUUCGUGUUUGCAGUUUUCGAACUGGUUGUGUUUACUGUGUGUCCAAUAUACGGCCAGUUCUUGGAGAGAAUAGGGGCCAACUUUAUGAAAAAUGCUGGAAUUUUUACUGUAUCAGUAUCGUGCAUUUUAUUUGGAUUUCUUAACCGAAUGAGCGGACCUACUGUUUUUUUAACAUUCUCGUUCAUCAUUCGGAUAAUGGAAGCGCUGGGUGGGGCCGCCUUCAGCACCACAGCUUAUAGCAUUACAGCGCAGGAAUUCCCCUUGAAUGUUGCUUCUGCUUUUGCCACUCUCGAAACUUUCUUCGCGCUUGGUUUGAUAGCGGGACCCAUAGUCGGAGGAGCUUUGUACGAGUUGGGAGGCUUCACUCUGCCCUUUGUGGUGCUAGGCUGCCUCUUGAUGGUCGCAGCAGUCGUGGUGUGUUGCGCCAGACCACCUUCAAGAUACUCGGUGUUUUCGCUUAUGAAGAAACCAAAAAUAUUCCUUUUCGCAUUUACUACAAUGUCGGGGUCUCUCAGCGUUGGCUUCUUGUUUUCAACUCUGGAGCCCCACAUACGUCCGUGGAAUCUCACUCCUCUAGAGAUCGGCCUAAUCUUCGUUUUAGACGGCUUCGCUUAUGCCGUUUCUGCGCCAAUUUGGGGCCUUUUAUGCGACAGAUGUCUUCCAGAGCGAGCUGCUACAACGAUGGGGGCUUUAACAGCCACAGUGGCUUUCUUACUGUUGGGUCCUUCACCCAUUCUACCCAUUAAAAACAGCAUACCACUGUGCAUCUGUGCCUUGGUUGUUCAUGGCCUUGGGUUCGGGGCCGAGUUUGUGGCCACUUUCAGCGGAAUGCAUAAGGAAGCCGUCGAGGCUGGGCUCCCGGACGAUCUCACAACCUACGGACUAGUGUCCGGACUCUGGAAUUCUUCUUUUGCUCUUGGCGCCUUCAUCGGGCCAUCUAUCGCCGGGGUCAUGUUUGACAGCGUUGGAUUUGGUUGGGGCACCUCCAUCAUUGCCCUGCUUCACCUAUUUGUGGCCAUUGUCACAAUCGUUCUAUCUUGCUACUACCGCUACUACCCAGACGAAGAUCUUUAUGAAAAAAUGUCUCUUUUUCAACGACCUAUACGAAAAAGUGAAUCCGCCUACUCCACGUAUGACGGCGACUGCAACUCAACCCGAGUAUCUCGCGAGGAUAUCGCCAUAGGUACAGUUGAUUAAAUGAUUACGCUUAGGAUAUUACAAAAAUGGUUUUGCAUAUUUUCACUUGUUGGCAUAUGCCUCACAGCCGAGGAAAGGCUGUCGUAAGUCAAGUAAUUUACUAGUUUCGCAAGUUUGUUAUGAUUCCUAAUCCCUAAGAAUAAUUUUUUUUGUUGAGGUUGAACUCAGUUUAGUUUUUGUUAAGGAUGAACAUUUGGUGGAACUCAGAUUGCGUGAGACGAAUUAAAUUUUAUUAUGGAUGUAAAUUCAGCUUCUACCUUUACUCAGCACCUACGAAGAGUCCUAGUUCCUAGAGUAGCUCACGAAAUCCUUUGAUUCGUGUUUGAGCUACUUGCUUGAAAAUCACAUAAUGCUCAUUUGAAUCUGUAGACUGCAACUAAUGCAGCGAAUUUUUUGCUAACACGAGAUGAGGAAUGGAUGAAACCUUUCGUACUUACGAGUUAUGUGCUUGUAGUUAUGCAGUCUCGAUUGCAUAUGGUGGACUUACAGCUUUCAU